CAACGUCUUUCGGCGAAGCACUUGGGAAGCACCAAUUAUAUCUACCGACCAGACUGGUUAUGCGAAGGAGGGGUUGAGAACGCGAACACGUGAACAUACGAAUGCAGCCGAUCGAAUACGGGAAUAUCCGAAGAUUCAGCUAUACCGACCGAGAUUAUAAAUAACGGAGGCCGGCAUGCAGGGAGUCUCUUUUACAUCCCGCAGGUCUAAUCCGUCGACUAGUGCGAGCGCCACUCGUAUACACGUCCAUACAAAAAGGCAUUCACGAUUAACGUAUGUAUACAUACGUAUUUAUAUAUACGGAUAUGUGUGCGUGCGUAUGUGUGUGCAUCUAAACGAGAGGAAAGAGAACGAAAAGGGAAAGAAAAAGAUACAGAGGGAGUCAGUCAACGGCGCACAGCGCAUUUACUACUUUAAGUUCGACUGUGAUAACACGCACCUUGUCGUAGUCAUCGUCAUCGUGGUUGUAGUGCUUUCGAGAAAACGUCCCUUGAGAAAGACAAACGAACACGAUAUUGUCGACACUAGUCGAUCUUAAAAUACACAAUUCACAGAGCAGUGCUUACUUAUCGUCUAGUUCAAUCAUUACGUACAAGAUUAAUCUUGUCGCGCGCGCGUUUUUCGAGCAUUUUCUAUCAACGUAAGUGAAAAAAAGCAAUAAUCUAAGCACCUACAAAGAGGAGUCGCAAGGCUGUUCUAAGUCAAAACAGAGGCGGCGCUUAUUAGUGAGACUAUCGCAUUGAAGCGCCGCAUAUUACAAAACUACGAAGACGAGACAGAAGAUAACAUGCCGGAGAACGCGCAUCAUAUGAACGGCUACGCUAACGGGCACACGCCGCCCGAACUUCAACAGGACACAAGCUUCCUUUUCACCUCCGAAUCCGUUGGCGAGGGACAUCCUGAUAAAAUGUGUGAUCAAAUCAGUGAUGCUAUUUUAGACGCACACUUGAAACAGGAUCCAGAUGCCAAAGUUGCAUGUGAAACAGUGACAAAAACAGGAAUGGUCUUAUUGUGUGGGGAAAUUACUUCAAAAGCUGUUGUAGAUUAUCAGAAAAUUGUCCGUGAUACUGUAAAUCAUAUUGGAUAUGAUGAUUCAUCUAAAGCAGGAUUUGAUUGGCGUACGUUGAAUCUUUUGGUGGCAAUCGAGCAACAAUCUCCAAAUAUCGCAGAUGGUGUACACAUCGCCAGGGAAGAACUGGACAUUGGUGCAGGUGAUCAGGGUUUAAUGUUUGGUUACGCCACAGAUGAAACAGAUGAAUGUAUGCCACUGACGGUAGUACUUGCUCAUAGAUUAAAUCAGAAAAUUGCUGAGCUUAGACGAAGUGGCGAACUAUGGUGGGCUCGACCUGACUCAAAAACACAGGUGACUUGUGAAUACAUAAUGGAUCAUGGAGCUUGUGUUCCCAUCAGGGUUCAUACAGUGGUUGUUUCCCUUCAACAUAGUGACAAGAUUACACUUGAUGAAUUACGUAAAGCUGUUAUGGAAAAGGUUAUAAAAGAAGUUAUUCCUGCACGAUAUCUUGAUGAAAAAACAGUGUUCCACGUUAACCCUUGUGGUCUUUUCAUUAUUGGUGGUCCACAGAGUGAUGCUGGACUGACUGGUCGUAAAAUUAUUGUGGAUACAUAUGGAGGUUGGGGUGCUCAUGGAGGUGGAGCUUUUUCUGGUAAAGAUUUUACUAAAGUUGACAGAUCUGCAGCAUAUGCAGCUAGAUGGGUUGCUAAAUCUCUAGUAAAAGCUGGACUUUGCAGACGCUGCUUAGUACAAGUUUCUUACGCUAUUGGUGUUGCGGAACCAUUAUCUAUUACUGUAUUUGAUUAUGGUACAUCAAAAUUGUCUCAAAAUCAACUUCUAGAUAUAGUAAAUAAAAAUUUUGAUCUACGCCCUGGAAAGAUAGUUAAAGAACUUAAUCUUCGAAAUCCAAUAUAUCAGCAAACUAGCACAUAUGGGCACUUUGGAAGGGAUUGCUUUAGUUGGGAGCAACCAAAGCCUUUAAAUCUCAAUUGAUGAGAAAUUCAAUCCUUUAUCGUUUGGUGCUUUUAAAUUAAAAAGGCCUCUUCUGCAUCUGUCCAAUUCCUUUUAAUUUAAAUUUUCUUUUCUCUUCUUUUACAUUGGGAUUCUACCACAAGUGCGUGAAACUCGUAAGUGUACUUUAGACGCAUAAUGAAAGGAAAAGUAAACUCCAUAGUCGUUCGUUAAGCACGAAAGUGGUACGCUGUAUUUUUCCACGUGGUCGCGUCUCUAGUAACAGAAUUGUAGAACAAAUUUAGUGUAAAUUUUCAAUGGCUCCUGUGUAAGGCUAGCCAGAAAAAAUAAGAGUAAAGCGCAUCAUCACGUUAAUAAAACAAAUAGAAGAGUGUAGAAACGAGUCAAAAUAUGGUGCUUUGUCAAAUAUCGUUUAUUUAUGACUCCCAUUCUUCGGAAGGUCAAAAUAAAGAAAUAAAAAAUAUACCUAAAAAGCACAUAACAUUCAGUUGCAUAAUUAAAUCUAUGUGUAUAUAAUAUAU